AUGGGCAAAUAUCCAUUCUCUUCUACCUUAAUGAAACCGCCUGUUUUUUUCGUCACAGGCACAGACACUGAUGUUGGCAAAACCUUCAUUUCAUCGCUACUAGUAUACAAAUGGAGAGCUAACUACUGGAAACCAGUCCAAACAGGAAUUGAAUCUGAUAUUGGUGACACUGCUACGGUUUCUAACGUAUUGGUAGACGAUUCUUGGAAGCCUCAUCUAUUUCCCCCACGGCAUCAGCUGCUAAAACCAUUGUCACCAUAUGAAGCAAUGGACUACGAACCAGGAGUUAAUGUACAGCUUACAGAUUUUGAAAUUCCUGAAGGCACCGACGAGCACCCUCUUGUUGUAGAAGGGGCGGGUGGAGUCGCCGUUCCAGUUACGAAAAAAAUGGAGACCAUUGUGGAUCUCAUCAAAGAAUUGAGUUUCAAAUGCGAUCGGCCUUUCUAUAUCAUACUCGUGGCAAGAAGUACACUUGGCACGAUAAAUCAUACGUUUUUGACGUUGAAUUACCUUCGUAGUAAUGGGCUAGGUGACAAGAUGCUUGGGGUUGUUGUAAACGGUGAACAAAAUGAGGGAAACCUAAAAGUAAUGAGAGAAUUCGGAGUGAACAUUUUAGCUACCGUCGACUAUCAUACUUCUAUGUCAGAGGCGCUGUCCGAUAUUCCAUCUUUUUGCUCACUUGAUCUUGCUCGCAACGAUCCUGCCUCGACUCAAAAGAAUUAG